UCACCGGAUCGUUAUCAAUCGUGAAACGGCCGUCGAAUAGUAUAAACGUAUAAGCGAGGUUCGCAGGAGAGUGGAAAUGGCAACUAAACGGAGUGAAUCCGGAUUGCAGUGUAACGGUAGCGAGUAUGACGCUAAGCAGAAGCUUUGGUACGGGGAGCGACUACCUUCGGUACUUAAUCCGGAGGCCGGUCUAGGACGCAUCAUACUCGAUUCGUUGGCCCGUUCACCGGACAAGGUGAUCCAGAUCAAUGCGGACACGGGGGUAAGGGUAACGUGCGGCGAGAUGCGCCAAAAGAUCAUCCGUGUCGCGAUGCACCUGCGGAAGCUCGGUUACGCCAAGGGAGACUACGUCAGUGUGGCCUGUGGCAAUAGUGAACUCGUGGUUCCGGUGUUUAUAGGCUGCUGGGUACUCGGACUCGCUAUGAACCCACUGGCCCCGGUAUUCGCCAAGAAUGAUUUUGUGCAUAUGAUGAGUCAAACGCAAUCUCGGUUGGUGUUCUGUGAUCCGUCGAACAGGGAGAUCGUACAGGAAGCGGUCCGUGAGGCGAUCAAGGACCCGAAGGUUCAGUUGUACGUGAUGGACGAGGGUCAAUCGGUGGAAGGUUGUCGGUCGGUUAGUGAGCUGCUGGAACCGAUCGAAGGAGAACAAGAGUUCCGUGCGGAGUAUCUUGGUGACGCAACGAAGCUGCUGGCCAUGGUGCUGUGUUCGUCUGGAACGACGGGACUUCCGAAAGGUGUGUGCCUCUCGCAUGCACACUUUGUCGACGGAAUGGUCUUUUCCACUGAGGUGUCCGAUGGUCCCAUCUUCAACUUCAGCUCGCUGUUCUGGGCAACGGGAAUCUUCGCCGUACUAACGUCUCUGUUCUACGGUCGACCACGUGUCGUUACUAGCAGUACAUUUAAUCCGGAUCUCCUCUUGAACCUAAUCGAAAAGUAUCGCAUCGAGAACCUGUUCACGGCGCCAUCUUACAUAUCGGCACUUCUGGCGCACCCUCGACUUUCCAAGUUUGAUCUGUCCAGCGUUCGACACUGGCAAGUCGGAGGCGCCAUGGUACUGGAAGAGCUGAUUGUCAAGCUCCAGCCGCACCUUCGGAACGGACACGCACGUUCAAUCUACGGCAGCUCGGAGAUCGGAUUCAUCACGCGCAACGAUGCGUACUGUCUUUCCAAUUCGGUAGGUCCGCUGGCCACGAACGUGGUGUGCCGGAUUGUGGACGAAGCAGGACAUCCGCGUGGUCCUGGACAAACGGGCGAGCUGCAGUUGAAACACCGAUACAUGUUUCUGGGAUACCUCAACAAUCCAGAAGCAACGAAAAAUGCCCUGACCGAGGAUGGGUUCUUCCGCAGCGGUGAUAUCGGAUACAUGGACACAAACGGAAACCUGUUCCUCAUCGACCGCAUCAAGGAUAUCAUCAAGUACUGCAACUAUCAGAUAUCGCCCUCCGAUCUCGAGGGUAUCAUUCAAAAGAUAGACGGCGUGAAGCAGGUUUGUGUGGUCGGGGUGCCGUCGCCCGAUCGGUCCAGCGAUUUGCCGUUGGCGGUUGUGGAGCGGGCGCCCGGAUCCAACGUCCAGGAAGCGGAUAUCGUACGGCUCGUCGAUGCGCAGGUGGCCGAUUUUAAGCGUUUGCGCGGAGGAGUUCGCUUCGUCAACAGCUUCCCCAUGACUCCGUCGGGAAAAAUAUUGCGCCGAGAGGUGAAAAAGCUGAUCAAUGAUACUCUAUAACUUCCUAAGCGU